GAAUGGUUGCGCCUAGGACAGUUGCUGAUGACGCAAAGUGCUGCAAGAGAAACGCUUGGUAACAAACAAUUCUCUUAUUUGGUAGCGAAAACGUGGAUGAACGGUCACGCAACUUGAUAUUAAUCUUCAAUUGGACAUAAAAAGCGUAGGAAAGAUGAUCUAAUGAAAGUCAUUAGGUGAUGAUUAAAGAACACAAGGCAGUCGCGAACAAGGCCAGGCUGCCUUGCAGCAUUAAUGGAAGUCUGCCACUGGAUAAGACAGCAAUGUCAGCGUCUGUUCUUGCGAGAAAGUGGGCAAAAAAGCUCAGAGGAUUCUCACAUCUCCCCUGGGAAAUGUCCAUCAACGAGAAGAACAAUACUUGUUGGGGAGGGGCCCCAAUACGGAGACACUGGCAAAGGUUACAAAGGCAACAUCAUCCAUACUACUAAGUACAGUUUGUUGACCUUCAUCCCCAUGAACCUGUUUCAGCAGUUUAAGAGGGUGGCUAACCUCUACUUCCUGUUUCUGAUUUUGCUAAACUGGGUGCCAGUGGUUGAAGCCUUUCAGAAGGAAAUUACAAUGAUUCCAUUGCUGGUGGUACUGACUGUCAUUGCUGUCAAAGAUGGCUUGGAAGACUACAGACGUUAUAUCUUUGACAAAAAGAUCAACAACCGUGUCGUGCAAGUGUAUUGUAGUGAGCAGAACGACUAUAUUGGUAUACGCUGGAAAGACGUUCAAGUCGGAGAUUUUGUGCACCUAUCCUGCAAUGAUAUCAUCCCUGCUGACAUUUUGCUCCUUUAUUCAUCUGAUCCUCACGGCACAUGUUUCAUUGAGACGGCCAACUUGGAUGGGGAAACCAACCUGAAACAAAGGCAGAUAGUUUCAGGCCUUCCAGUGCAGGUAGAAGGAAGGGAGUUCAACCCUGAGAGCUUCCAUAGUCGUAUUGAGUGCGACAACCCCAACAAUGACCUCAGCACGUUUCGAGGUUUUAUGGAGCUCUCCGGUGGGACUCAUGUUGGACUUGACAAUAAUAACCUCCUGCUAAGAAGUUGCACAAUUCGUAAUACGGAGACUGUUGUUGGCGUUGUGGUCUAUGCUGGACAUGAGACCAAAUCCAUGAUGAACAACAGUGGGCCAAAGUGUAAGCGCAGCAAUUUGGAAAAGCGCUUAAACAUUGAUAUUCUGUGGUGUGUGCUCUUGCUGAUAAUCAUGUGUCUGACUACUUCUAUAGGUCAUGGACUCUGGCUGAAACAGAUUAAAAAUGCAAUAUUUUUGGUUGAUGAAGAGACAUCUCCUGCCCUGGCUGGCUUCUACAUCUUUUGGACCAUGAUAAUUGUUCUGCAAGUGCUGAUUCCCAUUUCACUGUAUGUUUCCAUUGAGAUUGUAAAGCUGGGUCAGGUCUACUUCAUCCAAAAUGAUCUAGCCCUCUACAAUGAGCGCAUGGACUGCAGGAUCCAGUGCCGUGCGCUCAACAUCACUGAAAACCUGGGUCAGAUUCAGUAUUUGUUCUCUGAUAAGACAGGAACUUUAACAGAGAACAACAUGGUGUUUCGUCGCUGCAGUAUUUAUGGGAUUGAAUAUCCUCAUGUGGAAAAUGGUCUGAGACUGGAAAUGUACAUGGCAGAGAAGAAUGACGCUAUUGGUUGUUCUGAAACUCCCAAAUCUGCCUGCAGAGGUAAAUCUCUGAGCUGUCGUUCCAUCAACUGCAACUGCAGCUCAGUAUCAGUUCACACUUUCCUUGCCGAGUCUGAUGAAGAGCACCAACUGUCGAAUGACUUCCUUCCGAUGACCAGUGCCUUUUGCAACCAAAUGGCAAAAGAGGUGAUACCAGACCCUGAGCUAGUGAAGAAGCUCAGCUGUCUUUGCUCUCCCAUAACACCUUCUGCCAAUGCAAUUUUUGAGACGACAUCAAGUUUGGAACUCACCUACAUCACAGACUUUUUCCUGGCAAUGGCCAUUUGCAAUAGUGUGCUUGUUUCAUCACCCAUGCAGCCUCAAUCUGUGGUGACAGAGGCAGAAGCACCUCUCAGGUCUCUUGAUAAAAUCAAACUGAGGUUCCAGCGCUUCAGCUUUCCGCAUUUUUCGGCUUUCCCGGUCCAUUCGCCAACUCAAAGCAGGGACGGCCCAAGUGGCUUUGAAACGUUAACACGUAAGGAGACAAGCAGCAUUUUCAGUAUUACCAGUGAAGCCGGGGACAAUGAACAGGACAUCAGAAAUAAAUGUGGACCUGAGAAUGACAUCGACAAACUAUUGUAUGAGGCAGUUAGUCCAGAUGAGGCUGCUCUGGUCCAUGCGGCUCGAGCUUACCGCUGCACCCUGCGGGGACGAUCUCCACAUAGCGUCCUUGUGGAUCUACCUGGAAUUGGCACUAUGAGCGUCCAGCUGCUUCACGUCCUGCCGUUUGAUUCCAACAGAAAGAGAAUGUCUGUGGUGGUCCGCCAGCCUCUCACAGGACAAGUGGUGGUCUACACCAAAGGCGCAGAUUCAGUCAUCAUGGAUCUUGCAAAAAAUCCUGAAGGUGCAGAGGAGACUGAGGAGACCUACUGUCACAUCAAAGAGCAAACCCAGAAGCAUUUAGACAGCUAUGCAAGAGAAGGCCUCCGUACUCUUUGCUUUGCUAAAAAGGUACUGGGGCAGGAGGAGUACGAAGUAUGGCGGCAGAAGCAUUUGCUGGCAGAGAGAAGCAUUGAGAACAGAGAAGAGCUGCUGCUCGACUCUGCUGAAAGACUGGAGAGCAACCUCACCCUUUUGGGCACCACAGGAAUUGUAGACAGACUGCAGGAAGAUGUUCCAAGCACUAUCGAAUCCCUUCAGAGAGCAGGGAUCAAAAUCUGGGUCCUCACCGGAGAUAAACAGGAGACGGCUGUCAACGUAGCCUAUGCUUGUAAACUCAUCAGUCCAGCUGACCAAAUUCUGACUGUCAACUGUGAAAGCAAGGAUGACUGCACUGCAGUACUAGAGGACCUCAAAUUAGAAGUGCAAAGCAGUAAAGAGCGAAAGAGUGAAAAGAUUCCUGCAGAAGAUCAUGGAGACAUAUUUUCAAGCGGCGAGGAUGGCUUCAUUUUGGUCAUUGAUGGCCGGACACUUGACCUGGUGCUAUUAGACCACUCAAGCUGCUUUCUGGAGCUGAGCCAUUCCUGCAAAGCUGUCAUCUGCUGCCGUUCCACUCCCUUGCAAAAGAGCCGAGUAGUGCACCUGGUCCGAGACCAGCUCAAAGUCUUGACCUUGGCAGUAGGUGAUGGGGCCAAUGAUGUGAGCAUGAUCCAAGUGGCGGAUGUGGGCAUUGGGAUAUCAGGUCAAGAAGGCAUGCAGGCUGUGAUGGCCAGUGACUUUGCCAUUUCACGAUUUAAGCACCUCAGUAAGCUGUUGCUGGUCCAUGGUCACUGGUGUUUCUCUCGUCUUGGAAACAUGAUGCUGUACUUUAUCUACAAAAAUGUGAUGUUUGUGAACCUGUUGUUUUGGUAUCAAUUCUUCUGUGGUUACUCCGGGGCUGUCAUGACCAACCCGUGGGUUCUAAUCUUCUUCAACCUGUUCUUCACAUCUGUUCCUCCUCUCAUCUAUGGCAUCUUGGACAAAGACAUCCCUGCUGAGAAACUGAUGGUAGUGCCUGAGCUUUACCGGGCUGGACAUGCCUCUGAGACCUAUGCUCGAUUUGCCUUCUGGGUCACAGUCCUGGAUGCAUUUUACCAAAGCCUCGUCUGCUUUUUUGUGCCUUAUUUUGCUUACGCUGGAUCAGACAUUGGAGAGCUGUCCUUUGGAUCACCCAUCAACGCUUCAGCUCUCAUCAUCAUCCUGUUGCACCAAGUCAUCGAAAGUCAUAAUCUGACUUGGAUUCACAUUUUUGUGUUGGUGCUCAGCGGGGGGUCGUACUUUGGCUUUGUGCUGGUAUUCAGCGUUUCUUGUCUGACCUGCAGCCCCCCUACCAACCCUGUGGGUGUAGAAACAUCAGAAAUGUCCCAGCCUCUCUUUUAUAUCGUGUGUAUGCUCACUGUGGUGACAGCACUGAUGCCCAGGCUCCUGUUCCGGGUACUUUACAACACUAUGCACUUAUCUGCUCUGAUGCAAACAUCUUACAGGGGAAAAGUAAAUUCAGAGAAGUACUGCAGAAGAAUCCAAGGAUAAUGGAACUUCAAAUUCCAAACCUGAUUGGAGCCCAAUCAUGGAUCAAUAAUAUUUUGGGCCUAAAGUUUCCAAAUAAAAUUGAUUCAAGCACAACUAUCGUGUUUCUCAUUUGGACUAAAACUCCUUAACUCUUUAAUUUUUUAGCGUUACAUUGUUUGAUCUUUGUUCCUUCUAUGUCAACCCACCCACUUCAAAUGGAUUGGAUGUCUAACGCUGUCAAUGGCAGACAAUGAGGAAAUAGCAGUUGCUUUGAGAUAGAUAAAAUAAUCACUUGCAAGAUAGUUAUGACCGUUGACCAUUAUGCUGUGAGCUGAAAUUAGUUCAUCAUUAGUCGAUGUCCAAUCCAGAUAAAACUGGAGGGUGGCAGCGAAUGAACGUUCAGUUGCUGCCAGCCCUCCAACUUCAAAGGGAUUGGAUGUCUAGCAUCGUUAAUGGCAGGCAAUGCAGUGUAUGAUAUCGGUGGAACACAAGCAGAGAGAAGGAGCACUUUUAGGGUCCUCACCAAAAGGAAGAAAGCAAAUGAGACCUUCCCCUGCCGGUCUAAAGAAAAAUUGAAAUGUCACCUUAAAAAAUGUCCGAUGCAGAAAAGUCCAAAUCGGCCAUCAAGAUAUGGUACAGUUCCAACUGUGAAAAACCAAGGAUUAAGCAGUUUUGUCAAAAAAAAAUUGCUGCCAAUAACACACUGCUCACUAAAACCAGGGUUCUUGCACCAUUUUAAAAGUAACGCUUUUCAAGUCAUUUUUAAGAACUUAAAAAUAUAAUUUAAAGGGGAAGUUAAGAAUUUUUUAGGCUUAAUCUUCGAGUUAUGGGGGGUUAAUUAGUCGGAGUUGAUUUCAACAAAUUCUGUGCAGUUUGUCAGUUGUUAGUUUAAAAAAAAAAAAAAAAAGUUUGAGGGCUCCUGAGUGGAUAAGCUAGCGCGAGUCAAUGGUGCCUGCUUAGCAUACCAAUAAAAAACCACAUAUGCACACAUGAGAAUCACAGAUGACCCAUGCAAUCAAUAGUGUUGGCUAUGUUUUCAGAAUAGAUAUUAGAAUUUACCAUUGCAUGUCAAUAAUUACUAGUAUGAACGGCAACAUUUUCAUUCAGACACAGAUUUCCGAUCACGUGAUUGGAUCGGGACAUCCUUAAUAAUUACACCUAUGUGUCUUUGUAAUUUAACUUUAAAUAUCUUGAAUACUUUAGCCAACCAGCACUAAAAUCUAUAUUCUAAUGUAUGUCACUACAGCAAGUACAAUUUAUCCAUGUUUAUCUUUGAAGAUCUUUUCCAAAAUUUUGUAGACCAGUGUUAUUGUUGUACAACGAGAGAGUAAACAAGUGAUGGGCUCCAUCGCUGGAGAAGUUAACCUAGUUUAUUAGUCAGGCCCAGCAUGCGUCCAGGGUCACAAAAAAACAUUCAUCACCUUAUGAAUUAAAAUUAACUUUUAUUCAGACCUCCAGUAGCAAUUUGAUCAUACAUACAAAUGUAGUUUUCAACACAGCACAGAGAGUACAGGUUAAAUCAUGAUUUAAGUGAGGUUUCUUCUUUAAAUCCAUUGACUUUAUGUCACUUCUACUACCUGCCUUAGCUCAUUUACUAGUGGAGCCAACUCCUUCUCCAAACUCAUGAUGAGACCUGAGGAAAGAGAAAAGAGAAUCUCAAACCUAAAAAAUUCUCUUGAAGAGGGCAGAAUGUGAGAAAUUAUAUACUAGUAUAUAUUAAAAAAAAAAAAAAAGUUUUUACCUGUGUUGGCAUCACUGCUGGCAAUGAAACUGAUGACAAGAGGUAAACGAUUGAACUGCACAAUCUGUUGAACACAACAGACAUGUCAAAUCAUAAUUUAAGAGGGCUCCAUACUGUGCUUGCAAUUUGCUUCCUUAAAUUUCAGCCAAUCCGGUAUAUUUUCCAUCCACUCACAGGUCCAAUCUUCGCAAUUCUUUUAAAUAAUUAACGUAUGACAAGGAUCCUGCUGACUCGGGUGGAUAGCUCCGAACAUUGUUAAAAAUCAGUCGGGUUACACAAUCUCCGUUGCGUCGUCUCGCCUCUCACUUAUAGUUGAUACUUUUCCCAAAAAAGUAAUUGGCUGCCAAUGACAGCACUAGACAUCAAAUUCAUUUGAAGUGGGCAGACCACCCUCCCAAUUCAAAUGGAUUGGACAUCUAUCUACAAGUGAUAAACUUUUUCAAAGUGUUUUAAUCUAGUUUUUAAGAACCAUAUAUUUCCAGGUCCAAACAAAAAAAUCAAUCAGGAUGCGGAAGCUAAUCCAGAAUGCUGCAGUCAGAGUCCUCACAAAUACAAUAGUAUACCAUCCAUAUCCCUUUUAAAAUCAGCAAUGUAUGGCUUGUAUUGUUUUAACAGUACAAAUACAACUUUUAACAGUCUGACCUGGUAGCUGUUGUAGUAGCAGAUAAUACUCUUGUUUUUGGAUAGACCCAGCUUGCUGCCUUGAUCUGUUGCUAGAGCAAAUGUGGACAGGAAACCCGGUCUCAGCGCAUGGACUGGAGCGUUGUCAUUAGCAACUGCAGGAAAAUAUGUACGUAUGUACUAUCACUAUCACAUGAGACAACAUGAUCAUUAUUGGAACUACUUGUA